AUGUACAGUUGCCGAUCCCGCUAUUUCCGGAUCCGAACGGUCGAAACGAGAUUCUUGUUUGACUCGUUCAGCUUGGCUUGCGGACUUGACUCCAUUGAGUUAGAGCUCGACUUUGUCUUCACAAGUAGCUCGGACAGUAAACAGCUGGAUAUGGACAAGGAUAUUUGGUGGGCUCGAGGUCAUUCUACUAGGCCUGGGUGGACUUAUCUUGGCCUUAAGGUUGAGGUGAUGGGCCUUAUGGGCUGGAUUUUUAGAGGGAAAUCCAGAUGCGGGGAGACGGAGGGUUUGUACAGCUUAGAGUAUUCAGCCUUACUUAAAUUUCAUCACUUCUUACAAAGCGUCCGGAUAGUUGAUGCGGGAUCGAUGCGAGAGUCAGAAGAUCUUGAGCAUGUUAGGCCGGGAUAUUGCUGUGCUUUUAAAGCUUACUUUGAGAGCUGCAGGAUGAUCUUUCCCGUCCCUCGACUUUUAUUGGAGGUUUUAGCUCACCUAAGGAUGGCUUUUCCUCAGAUGCAUCCGAAUUUCGUUCGACACGUUAUCACAUGUGCAGUUCGAGCUCGAGAGAAGAAUAUAAUUCUCGACGCUAGAGAUGUGAAGAAGUUAUUCUCGGUUAAGCACAAUACCAGAUUCCAGGGGUCGUUUUAUACCUCGCCGAGGACGAACCGUCAUGUUCUGACGAACACUCCGAUCACGAUUCUAGUUGGAGCAACGAGUCAUUCUUUUUCAAAUUCAAUUGAGCUUCCGUUGGGGAGUUCAAUUUCGACAAACAUCCAAAAGAAUGGGCCACUAGGGUUGGUUAGCUUUCCGACCACUUUCGUGCUUUUAGUUCUUGAAUCGGAUUCGGUUACCAAGUUUUGCGGACUGAUAACCUUUGGUUUAUUGCAGUUUGCGAGUCAGUGCCGAAUAACUCGUCGAUCGAAUAUCUGGUGGCUAGACUCGGGAGAGAGAAGACAAAUUGGAAUAUGUUCACGUCGGAACGGAUUCGUCAAGUCCUCUCGUCUGAUCGUUCCACCUCGGGAUAAUGGAGAUGUGGGGGUUCCCCAGAUCGCGGUCGGAUCUUCUUUUCGCGAUGGAAUAACAGAACGAUCUCCUCAUGUUGCUACAGAGGGUAAUACCCAUGUGACUCCUCCGAGACGAAAUAUCUUGGUGAGCUCGAGUAGCGAGCAAUCGGAAAGGAGCUCCAAGAGAGCAAGAGAUGGUAAUCGGACUCCGAUCCAAACAAACGAUCGGAGCUCCUUGAACAAACGAUCCGAACCGGAGGUCAGCUCGUCGUCCCGAUUGGCAUUUGAUCGUUUGAAGAGCGUUCCAGAUUUUGAUAAUUUUGAAACGUCCAUGUCGCGCCAAUGCAAGCCUACCGCUCUCGAGGCGCACAAGACGAGUCUUGUUUCCUCGUCUAACUGGGGAAAGACAAGUCUUGGAGGCCGAGAAGGUUCAAGCCGUUCGUCGAGCUGA